UCGAGAGGAGGGGUUUCUCAUUCGCGCCUGGAGUUCUGCAGGCUGCAUGUGGAGGACGAUAAACAAACAUUGACGUGAAUGAGUUUGUGUUAUUUUUGUGUUUUGGGAAUUAGUAAGUGUUUAUGAUGGCGGGAGUCAUCCGCAGACUCGACGAGACUGUAGUGAACCGCAUCGCAGCAGGAGAAAUCAUCCAGCGGCCUGCCAAUGCCAUUAAAGAGAUGAUGGAGAACUGUCUGGAUGCAAAGGCCACAAAUAUCCAGAUCACAGUGAAAGAGGGCGGGCUCAAGCUCAUUGUCAUACAGGACAACGGCACUGGCAUCAGGAAAGACGAUUUAGAAAUCGUUUGUGAACGUUUUACAACCAGCAAGCUUCAGACUUUUGAGGAUCUGACAUCAAUCUCAACAUAUGGAUUCAGAGGGGAGGCUCUCGCCAGCAUCAGUCAUGUAGCUCAUGUCACAAUAACCACAAAAACAGCUGAUGCAAAAUGUGCCUACAGAGGCAACUACUGUGAUGGGAAGCUGAAGUCUGCACCCAAACCCUGUGCUGGAAACCAGGGCACAUUGAUUUCUGUAGAGGAUCUGUUCUAUAACGUGUCUACUCGACGGAAAGCUUUGAAGAGCCCCGGUGAGGAAUAUUCCAGAAUCGUUGAGGUUGUGAGCAGAUACGCCAUUCACAACUCUGGGAAAAGUUUAAGCGUCAAGAAGCAAGGUGAGAUGGUUUCAGAUGUGAAGACUCUUCUAAACGCCUCUGUGCUGGACAAUAUACGUGUGGUUUUUGGAGUGGCUGUCAGCAGAGAGCUGAUUGAGGUUGAAUGUGAAGAUCAGAAACUUGCUUUUAAACUGAAGGGUUACAUCUCCAACGCCAACUACUCUGUCAAGAAGUGUGUCCUCAUCCUUUUCAUCAACCAUCGUUUGGUGGAGUCUAGUGCCUUGAAGAAAGCCAUCGAGACGGUCUACACUGCAUAUCUUCCCAAAAACACUCAUCCCUUCCUUUAUCUUAGUCUGGAGAUUGCGCCUCAGAACAUCGACGUGAACGUUCACCCCACCAAGCAUGAGGUUCACUUCCUGCACGAGGACUGCAUCAUCGAGAGCGUUCAGAAACACAUCGAGAGUAAACUCCUCGGCUCUAAUUCUUCACGCACGUACUUCACACAGACUCUGCUUCCGGGACUUUCCGCGUCCACCGGAGUGGCGAAAGCAACUGGUUCUUCGGCAGAUCCCCAGGAGCGUGUUUACGCCCAUCAGUUGGUGCGCACGGACAGCAAGGCACAGAAACUGGAUGCUUUUCUUCAGCCAUCAACCUCCACCGCUGCGGCUCAGAGUAGGUCAGAGAAAACAUCCAGCCCUCCAAAAGAUGCUGAAGAUGUGAUCGAGCUCGAUGACUCGGAAAUGCUGGAUGCUGUUGAGGUUCUGGACCCGAGCGUCACGGAUGAGCCAAAGACAGACGCUCAACAUCCACCUGAGGAUGCACCACCCAGGAAAAUACAUCAUGUUGAUGAAGGGAAGAAGGAUUUGACAGCAGCCGCUCUUCCCAGGAGACGCAUCAUCAAACUGACCAGCAUAAAGGAGCUUCGAGAAGAUAUAGAAGAAAAAACACACAAAGGUUUACAGGAGCUUCUGCAGAAUCAUUCAUUUGUUGGCUCUGUCAAUCCUCAAUGGACUCUAGUGCAGCAUCAGACCAAACUCUACCUGCUGAACGCAACCAAACUCAGUCAGGAGCUGUUUUACCAAAUUCUGAUCUACGAUUUCGGUAACUUCGGGGUCCUUCGCUUGUCGAAUCCAGCGCCGCUCUAUGAUCUGGCCAUGUUGGCUCUGGGCUCAGAGGAGAGCGGAUGGACGGAGGAAGACGGUCCAAAAGAAGGGCUGGCCCAGUAUAUCGUGGGCUUCCUGAAGCAAAAAGCAGAAAUGCUGGAGGAAUACUUUUCCCUGGAAAUAGAUGAUGAAGGGAAACUUGUUGGUCUUCCAAUGCUGCUUGAUAACUACAUUCCUGCUAUGGAGGGACUUCCAAUGUUUAUUCUGCGUUUAGCCACCGAGGUGAACUGGGACCGUGAGAAGGAGUGUUUCCGUGACUUGGCUAUAGAAUGUAGUCACUUCUACUCCAUCAGGAAACAAUACACGCUGGAGUCCGAUACAGAAGAGCCUCAGGAUGCAGAGAUGAGUUGGCAGUGGAAGGUGGAGCAUGUGCUGUUCAAAGCUGUCCGCUCUCUCUUCAGUCCUCCGAAACACUUCAGUGAAGAUGGCAGCGUUCUCCAGAUCGCCAGUCUGCCAGAUCUCUACAAAGUGUUUGAAAGAUGCUGAAGUCCAGCACCGUUCUUCUGUGUAAUAGUUCAAAUGCUGUUCUCAGAAAUAUUGUGGAGAUGAGUCCACAAUAAACAGACUGUCAUUAUCUGUAAAGAAGAGCUUUUAGAUGGUUGGCAUAAAACAGGAAAUUUGUGUAUAUUUGUAAUAUUAUUAAACUUGAAUAUUCAAUAUUUUCAUAUUAUUAAAGAGUUGUCUUAAAAAACUGUUUAUCCUUGA